AUGCGGGAAAUCUUGUAUAUUCAGGCUGGACAACUGGCUAACUACGUAGGCACGCAUUUCUGGAAUACCCAAGAGACCUAUUUGGGCGACGAAACUGGCGAUCCGAUCCAAAUCUCUCAUGCGACGUCCUUUGGGGAACAAUACAGCCGACAGGGAGAGCUUACAUAUGUUCCGAGAUUGCUCGCCUUCGAUAAGAAGAGCAACUUUGGUGCUUUAGCCAAUAGCCACGUCAUCCAUGACGCAAAUCCGGACAAUCCAGUUGUGGAAGAUCUAGGAGCGUGGGAUGGUGGCGUUUUGGAAUACAGGCAAGACUUGAUUACUCCCAGAAAGAUCGACGACGAGGACGGCGCGGAGGCAUCUCAGGGCGACGAGGUGUCAGUAGGCGAUAUGCGCCACCGUGAACCUAUCAGAUACUGGUCGGAUUUCAGUCGUGUCUAUUACGCCCGUAAGUCUGUCCAAAUGAUCCCCCAGUCCCUAGACUGGGAGGCCACGGAAGGCGACUGGAAACAGGGAGAACAGUACUUCAGGCAGUUUGAUGAGGAUGCUUCUCUAUUGGAAGGCUCUGUUAGAUUAUUUCUUGAAGAGUCUGAUUCUGUCCAGGGGAUACAAGUUUUAAAUGACACGGCGAGCUUCGGUCCCUUCGUGCACUCGCUCCUCACGGCGCUACACGAUGAUAUGCUGAAGAUCCCAUGUUUGGCCUUUCCUUUGCUCUCAAAUACAUAUGGAUGGGAUAUUGAUGUCGAGGACCGUAGACGAACGAGAAGAUUGAUUAAUGACGCGCUCUAUCUGCGCGGGCUAAGCGAGACCGCGUCUCUCACAGUUCCCAUACAAUCUCCUUCUGUAUGGACCCAUUACGAAGCCUCACCACAGCUGAAAACUGAAGAUGAUCUUUACCAUACAUCCGGAAUAAUUUCCGCACACAUAGAAAGCUCGACUCUUCCGUUGAGAUUGACCAAGACUGCGGAUGACAUAUCCAGUUUCUGCUCUCAACUGAACAUUCGUGGAUCCCCCUACGCCGAGAUAUGCGGAAUUACGGUCAUUACAUCGACCGAACAGGACCUGAAAAGCAAUAUAUUCAACUUCUCUACCAUGGAGAGGUUUGAUACUCGUCGCCAAUUCUCUCGCCGCGAUGUGACACGAGGCUUUGCAACCCACAGUCUCGGGGCAUAUGAUCAGUGGGCCGCGCGGUCAUCCCUGCACGACAUGUUUAUCACACGGACGCAUGCGCCUGCGUACCCAGCACCACCGGCAUUCGUACCCUUCCUUAGGCCCCAAAGCCCCUUAUCUUGGUCACGUUCCGGUCCCACGCCCGUCGAACUGUUCUCUUCGGUUUCAACAUCUAGCGGUACUGCGCGGAUGUUUGCCGACUACGCCAAAUUUGUCGACUCAACGCUCCGAAGACGGACCCUGAGUUUUGUUUCUGAUGACAUUGAAGAUCUUAAGGAGCUAGCUAACGACCUAUGGACCGUCUAUGACAAUUUCUCAACGGAAGAUGAAGACUCUAUGGAGCCUGGCCCGGACUCUAGCCUUGGCGAAGAUGAAGAGCUGUGAAUAGCAGCGGUAACCCACAUGUACAUGAGUUCUUGUAGUGAGUCGUCCAAACUCGCUCACAUGGCCCCGACAGUUUUCACCAACAUGUACAUAACAAGGACAACCUUCGCUUAAUGACCGUUGUAUGUCAGUGAUCGUUUUCCCCGGUAAUACACACACAAGUUUUUUGCUGUCCCUUGGCUCUCGACUCGCAUGUAGCCGGUACAUGGCAUCAAGACAGCAGAUACGAGGUACAUCCGCUUUAACUGAUCCAAAUCUCCAACCAGUUUUCCGCCAUCAGAAUAGCAAACGGUGUCCUCCCAAACGCCCUCUCAUGGAUAGGUUCCGCUGGUAGCGUUCCUAUCCCUAUUCAUUUCUCAACCUUGCGUUUACCCUUCGCAUCCCUGGAAGUUGCGUGCGUCCUUCGGACCUAGGCACCAAAACCCUCCGAGUCGAGGCGUCCUCAACUAAUUUGAAAGAUCGCUCGGGAGA